CCGAAAAUGAAAGAGUUGAGGAAAGCAGACAAAAAUUUCUAGAGAGAUCUUGAUGGCAUAUUGGCAAGUGACCAUAAAAAAUAGAAGUCAGCAGAAAAUAAAAGCCACAAAAAUGUAGUGACAGGUGGUGAUAAAGUAGACAUGGGACUAAUCUCUCAAACAUUGAAAAUAUCUGAAUAAAUGACAAUACUAUAUGAGUGAUAAUCUGCACAAAACAAACUUCAUAUACAAGCAAAACUGGUUUCCCUUCGUAGAUUUGUUGUGUCUUAGUAACUGGCAAUGGCGAUGGAGGCAUGGUUCAUGGACGACAGCAAUGAACAUCCAAGGCUUCCUCACCGUCUCAACCCCAAAGAGCUUCUUCCAUUGGACAAAUUGGCAGAAUUGGGAGUACUGUACUGGCACCUGAACCCCAAAAAUUACGAGAAUGAUGAAGAACUACGCCAUAUUAGAGAAACCAGAGGUUAUAAUUACAUGGAUUUGAUUGAUAUAAGACCUGAAAAGCUGGAGAAUUAUGAAGAGAAGCUGAAGAACUUCUACACAGAGCACAUACAUGGUGAUGAAGAAGUCCGUUAUUGUUUGGAAGGAAGUGGCUACUUUGAUGUUAGGGACAAGGAGGACCGUUGGAUUAGGAUCUGGAUUAAGGCUGGUGAUCUUAUUAUCUUACCAGCUGGGAUUUACCACAGGUUCACCUUAGACACCUCUAACUACAUCAAAUUGAUGAGAUUGUUCAUUGGGGAACCUGUUUGGACUGCAUAUAAUAGGCCACAGGAAGAACAUCCAGCAAGGAAGGACUACAUUAAGAAUUUGAAUGAAGAAGUGGGACUCCAAUACCCAUUGGAAGCUCAUUAAAUGGACUUUCUUUCAUAAGUCAUAACUAGCAUUACGUUAUUAUGACUUGUAUUUGAAUAAGAAAUAAGUCCAUAUAUUUCCUCUGCUAAUAUGAACCUUUAUUAAAAUGAAUUUGGUUGCUAUGAUCUCAUUUUUCACUUUUGUUUCAAAACUUUCUUAUGAGAAAGAAUGUGCAAAUGUGAUAUGUGAGAGUAUGAAACUAGUUGUUUGUGCAUACUAUAAUUGUUUAUUGUUAUGUUGAUAUGAUGUUAUCAUUGGAGUUAUUGACA